CUGCCACAAUUGUUGGAUCUCACUAAAUUCGAUACCUUUUCGGACCUGUCCUCGCGUUUCGAUUUGAUCGCUUCGGCCCUUCUACGCGACUACUACCUCGUAUUGGACAGUACGGGCAGUGCGCAGGAUAAAUACGAAGUCAUUGAACUCGAACUCUACCUUCGCAAGGACGGCUGCCAUGAGGACCCGUUUGCGCACGCGACCGAGGAGCAGGCAACGAGCGGCAGGUGGUACUUUCACCGCUCUCCGCGUCGCUCUGAAGACGCUAGCCGAUCUGCGACCUCGAUGACCGGAUACCGAGGAGGAACUAGGAAGGGCAUGGACCUUACGUUCGGUGGCCCAGUGACUUCCGGUUACUUCGCAUCUUCACGAACCGCUCCUGCAGCCGUCGUUCGGGGCGGCGUUCUCCUGCGCUCCAUCAGGAGAAUCUCUGAUUCCACUCUCAUAUCAGGACCGUCGCUCCUAGUGGACGAGGUCUUACGCGGCAGCGGUUCCCCUUCCAUACCUGAUCUCGUACAAAACAAGUGGGUCGGUGACACGUCGGCGCUCUCCCCCUCCCCGCAUUUCCCACGUUUGUACUUGCAAGGAAGACCCCCCGCAGAGCGCUCCUCCGCACAAAUUUACACAUCGCCCCGCAUAGGUUUAGAUCUUGCCCAUCCUGGGACGACGGCUUAUGUUGGCCAUCCUCGGGUUUCCUUCGUCUCUCGGGCCUACCGCUACUUCGUUCAUCCAGAAAAGCUCACCGCCAAUGGGCGAAUACAGACAUUUCUCGGCGUCCUUGCACACCACCUGUGCCGUGGAGUCAAGAAUCCUUCCCGCCGAGUACCUGUCGAGGAACUCCUUAGCGGCUUGAAAGACCCAGAAGCAUCCCGGUAUAUAUGCGCCACCACUGGUCUCAAGAUGGCGACAGUCGAGAGAUAUCUCGCUGAAUACGAGGCUGGUCUAGAAAAAGGCGACUUGGCAAAGUUUACAGGGCCUGUCGGGAAGGGUGUGGCUGGAUCACCUGCUAGGUAUCUUCGUAUGGUUGGCACCCUG